AAUUUCAUCUGGCUUUUGCUGAGGACACAUUAAAUACAGGAAACUGGGGCAUUAGCAGAAAACUAUGCAGUUUUUAAGAUUUCUUGCCAUCCUUUUUCUCUCUGCUAAACAUUUCACCAAGUAUUGCAAAGGUGAAUCUUGUGUGGGUUUGAAUUGUAAUGACACAGGGUUAUUACAGGCAAUUAAGAGCAACACAAUCAGUCAGUUCUUGCAGGAUACAAUAAAUGCCACCCAUGACAAGAGUCCAGUAAAAUCUGCUAAGACUUUGCCCUUCUUGGGUAUCACAGACAGUAAAAAGUUAAACAGAAAAUGCUGUCAGAAUGGAGGCACUUGUUUCUUGGGGACCUUUUGCAUCUGCCCUAAGCAAUUUACUGGUCGGCACUGUGAACAUGAAAGGCGGCCGGCAAGCUGCGCCGGUGUUCCCCACGGAGACUGGAUCCGCCAGGGCUGCUUGCUGUGUAGAUGUGUGUCUGGUGUCCUACACUGUUUCAAGCCAGAGUCUGAGGACUGUGAUGUGGUGCAUGAAAAAGAUAUGAGAUCGGGGGUCCUGAGAAUGAAACUCAGUUUAUUCAUCUAUUAUAUAUUUAUUGCAAAUUUCUUUUACCACAUGCUUCGGCAUUUGAAUAUUGCACUUUAACUGAGUAACUUGAGUCUGCUAGUCGGGUUCAAAUUGCAGACUUCUGUUUCUAUACCGCACUUUCAAUUUGUGAACCGUUUUGCCUGGAUUAUGCUUAGAAGUAUAUUGCUCCUUGCAAAGCUUGGAAUCUUAAAAAUAUCCCCGAGCUAUACAACGCCUUAUUUCUAUCGGUUGUUUCGAAGAACAACUUUUCUUUUAACGAUAUGUAUAGUGGAUGGCAGUACUACCAAGCACUAGAGUUGGUUCAAAAUAGCUACUGGGCCUUCUACUUACCCAGUGCAUUCUGUAUAUAUGUACAUUUUAUUAAUUUAUUAAUCAGACACGUUGUACCUUAACAGCAUCCUUCACAAACUUGUUUUAUAUAUCACAGUGAUUUUAUUGUUUUUUAUUUUUUUCUUAAUUGACAAAGAGAACAAAAUCUCUAGGAACAUGACAAAUAUUGUCCUACUACAUAAAUGUCACAUUACAUGUAAAGGUACUUGUAUGUUUGUCCUGUCCCGUCCCUAGCCUUGAUUUUUUUUUUUUUGUAACUGCAUAACAUUUUAACCCCUUAACUUCCCUAGUGUGGUUCAAGGUGGCAGGUCACAUUAUGCAGACACUUAGCAAGUGAUCAUGCAGUGGUUCUAGCCUAUGGGAAAGAGAGCUAAAUGUAAAUCUUUGUAGAGGUGAUAGGAUGCUUUUGGAGGAUUGAUAAACCUGGUGUGGCCCCUUUAACUUCUACUUUUCUAUGGGCAAAUAAAUAUAAACUGAACAAGUA